CACACUUGGAAGGAUGAGCAGCGCAAUGUUCUGAAAUUUGGAAUGGCAAAGAGCGUAACUGUUUUAAAUAAUCAGUCUGUCAAGAUUCAAUUUGCUGUUAGCAGAUGGAGGAUAUUGUAACAUUUCCUGCAUGAUAAAAAGAGAAUCGAUGUUAAAUUGAAGCCAGGCUACAGAGUUGAAACACAACUACGCGGUGGAAAGUAGAACUGCGUGUAAAGUCCGAUACUGUCUAAUAGAAGGCUAAUGACAUAAAGAAUAUGACGCUAAGGAUUUACAAUGGCUGCCAGCUUUGGCUCUUUUUCAUCUUUUUGUACUUUGCCGUGUGUCAAGAGGAAUACCAGGAGGUGAGACGGGAAUUAGAUAAAGCCAUGACUAAGGUAGAUCAUGAUCCAUCAUCUACAGAAAAGCAGGAGCCAUAUGGAAGGCCACAUUUACCAGAUUGCAGUCAGUGUUGUCGAGGUGACCUGGGGUCUCGCGUAUUUACUGGCCCACCUGGCCCUGCUGGUCUUCCUGGUGUCCCAGGAAAUCACGGAAACAAUGGAAACAAUGGCACACCUGGCCGUGAAGGUGAAAAAGGUGAAAAAGGAGAUCGGGGAGAACUGGGACCUCGUGGAGAGCGUGGACCCCAUGGACAAAAAGGAGAAAAAGGCUCUCAUGGAGUUCCUUCUGAGCUUCAGAUUGCUUUCAUGGCAUCCUUGGCCACUCACUUUACAAAUGAAAACAGUGGAAUCAUUUUCAGCAGUGUGGAAACUAAUAUCGGUAAUGUUUAUGACAUUAUGACUGGAAGAUUCCGUGCUCCAGUAACAGGUGUUUAUUUCUUUGCAUUCAGUAUGAUGAAACAUGAAGAUGUUGAAGAAGUGUAUGUGUAUCUGAUGCAUAAUGGUAAUACAGUCAUUACUUUGCAUAGCUAUGAGGUCAAAGGUAAACCCGAUACUUCAGGCAACAGUGCAGUUCUGAAGCUUGUAAAGGACGAUGAAGUCUGGGUGAGGAUGGGGACUGGAGCCCUCCACGGAGACCACCAGAGAUUUUGUUCUUUUUCUGGUUUCCUUCUUUUUGAAAGUUAAUUAUAAUUUACUUGCAUAACAUACCAGGGAAUGUCCAGUGGGGGUCUGUAGUAAUUUACAGUAUGAUGUUUUAUAUUAAUACUCAAUAAAUGAAAUUUGACUUUAAAAAAGUAAAGGACCUCUUACUGGACACACAAUAAAAAAAAUGUUCAAUAAAGAG